AUGCUGUUGAGGCUCGUCCCCAGGGGCAGGCAACUCACGCUCCUCGGGAAACAGCCACGAAACCCACGUGUCUUCAUCAGCCCCGCUAUACGCCAUUUCUACCAAAGCAUCCUCUCCCAUGGACCAGAGGUUCGAGCGGACUGCCUAGUCAUUCUCGCUUCCUUGCGUUACUUCCAGGAAGUACAGUGCGCCCAUACAUUUCUGUUCAACACGGUAAAUGAACUCUUCCCGCGCACAGAAGUGGGGCCCUUGAAGGACUCCGAGGUACUCAAAGACAGGUUGAACGUCGUCACUGCCGUAGUAGACAAGAUCCCGUUAUGGCAAGUGCCCGGCUAUGCUCCCAACGCCACCCUGGCUUCAGAAGGGUUCAGUAUCAUCUGUGGACAGAGCGAACAUCUUUUGCCUGGCCUGUGGGACAACUCAGACUUCUCAUGGAGCAACAUGAGGAACGAAACAGACCCUCUCUUCCUCGAGCGAAUGUACCGCCGUCUCAAAGUUGCCCCCAAGGGAAACGCCAAUGCUGAGAAGCCGAUGCCCUAUUCUUCUGGACCACCUCCCGUCCUCGAGUUUCGCAUCAAUCCCCUGCGCGAUGACAAUCGGCCUGUACAAGUCGCUCUGCCGCUCGCCAACACCAGCUAUGCAACUUCAACCGCAGCCCAACAACGUGGCACGACACCCCACAUAUUAGAGGUUUCGGCUUGGGCGCGGUCACCGGAGAAGCAGAAGCUGCGUCCCAUACACGUCGAGGCAAACAGGCGGACUCAUGUCACCAUCCAAACGACAUCCUUGAAGCAGCCCUGGCCAAGUGAGCUUUGGUUCCAACUCCUGCCCAUCACAUCUCCACGCAAGAUCGUCAGCGGUCUGGGAAACAUCCUCAAGCAGGUUGAGAUUGACGGCGAGAGCGCCCCGGCUAGCAAGGAGCUCGAGGAUGUGAUUCCGAAACUGCUUUCCAUGAGAGCCAGCAGUCACAGACCACUUAAGCACACGUCAGAUAGCCACGCUGUCAAGGUCUGGGCUCUCGUCAUCCCGGAUGAGGUGUACAAGAAAUAUGCAAAGUUUCAGCCUCCUGUGGAUCUCGCAAUGCAGUUGCCACCUCCUUUCGAUUUCGAACAGGCCAGUACUGCGGACGAAAAGAGAUUAGCUGGAAGGUGUAGUAAGGCUCUUCAGGGCCUGUUGGUAGCCGGAUGUCAUCUCCGGGAAAUCCUAAGCGGGGGCGGAGGCUGGGGCGCCAAACAAGGUCUCCUCUCUCUUGACCCUCAGGAUCGAGACCAUUACCGCAAAACCCCCACGAGCAGCAGCAAAGACAGCGAGAACAACGAAGCUGAGGAAGAAGACGACGACGACAUGGAAGGCCUCGAGCGUUUUCUCCGCACCCUCCGCGGGGAGCAAAACGUGGGCGACAUCGCCUCACCCGGUUCCUGGGUCCAGUUCUUCGUCGCGCCCGCCCACCUCGAGCGGCUGCCUUGGGAUGCGUCCAAGGGUGUCGUCAAUACUCGCAGGCCGGCAGAAAAGUUGACUUUGGGCCUCACGGACGCGGUCGAAGAGUAUACCCCUACAUGGGAUCCAGACUUCACGGAGAACAAGGACAGCAACAGGUACAAGUACCUCUGGCGGGAUCCAAACGGCGUGGAGAUUUUUACGUACCAGUUUGGUGCGCUUGCAAACGGGAGCUUGUGGCUCGACUUGAAGAAGCCAAGCGAGUUAACGGCGACGAAGACAGCGACAGCGACGGAAAACAGCACAGCGGGAAACAGCACGACGGAAAACAGCACGAAUAAUAUCAAUAACGAUGGACAAGAAGAAAAGGAUCUGUGGAAAGAUUUGGAGACCGAUUCGGAGAGAAAGAUUACGGUUCCGGAAUUCAAUCUUCGAGCGGACAUUGACAACCCGCUGUACGUGGUGAAGGUGAAAGAACCUGGUGAGGAUGAGCAACAGCGACGAGAACAACCGAGGGAGGAAGUAAAGUUGUUUGAAAAGAUAAGAAAAAUCCCGACGGGGAGGCGAAGACUGGCGAUUUAGGCACGAGUAAGAGGUAUAAGUAACAGGACUCCUACUGGAGGUGCUAAAAUCAGAUGCCAAUUAGGGUAGACAUGGGCUUCUUUAGAUAGUCGCAAGACGAGAGCAUUACACAC